AUGGCCUCUGACCUGGAGAGCAGCCUGACGUCCAUCGACUGGCUCCCACAGCUCACCCUUCGAGCCACCAUUGAGAAAUUAGGGGGCGCUUCGCAGUCAGGCCCACCUGGGGCUGCCCGGAAGUGCCCUCCCGGCUCGCCCACUGACCCAAACGCCACUCUGAGUAAGGACGAUGCCGCAAUCCAUCAGGAUGGGAAGCCACGCUACAGCUAUGCCACUCUGAUCACGUACGCAAUCAACUCAUCACCUGCCAAGAAGAUGACCCUGAGCGAGAUCUAUCGCUGGAUUUGUGACAACUUUCCCUACUACAAGAAUGCUGGAAUUGGCUGGAAGAACUCCAUUCGUCACAACCUGUCUCUGAAUAAAUGCUUUCGGAAAGUUCCUCGCCCACGGGAUGACCCUGGAAAGGGUUCUUAUUGGACAAUAGAUACCUGUCCCGACAUUUCCCGGAAGAGGCGGCACCCGCCAGAGGAUGAUUUAUCACAGGACUCUCCAGAACAAGAGGCGAGCAAGAGCCCGCGGGGGGCCGUGCCCGUCAACUCAGACACGUCGCUGUCCCCCGAGUCCACCCCCCAGCUGUCACUGCAAAGCACCUCGCCGAUUGGCAGCUACAGUCAGAGCACGGGGCCUGUGGACGUGGCGGCCACGGUGGCUGGAGGGCAGGGCCGCGAAGGAACUGAGGUGCCACCACCCCACUACAGUACCAGCCAUGACUUGAAGUUCUCCUAUUCUGAGAUCAACUUCCAGGACCUGAGCUGGUCCUUCCGGAAUCUGUAUAAAUCAAUGCUUGAGAAAUCCUCCUCCUCCCAGCAUGAUUUCUCUUCCCUGCUGGGUGACAUGCAGCCCUCCAACCACAACUACUACAUGUACCAGCAGCAGCAGCAGAUGCCCUCCGCAGUGGGGGCUGCUCCUUCCCUUCACACGCCAACCUCAGAAGGCUGCCCAUCCCAGGGUGGCAAGCAGCAAGCCAGCGACAACUACGGCCCGCCCCCCGUGAUGUCCAUUCACCCCUCUUCGAUGCAGCAUGGAGGAUAUCACCAGCAUCCGCAGCACCACCCACACUCCCACCCGCAGCAGCCGCAGUCACAGGCGUCCCUCAACAGUGCAAGCUUUGCAUUUCCCCCUGAUUGGUGCUCCAACAUUGAUUCCCUGAAAGAAAGUUUCAAGAUGGUGAACCGAUUGAACUGGUCAAGCAUUGAACACUCUCAGUUCUCAGAGUUGAUGGAGAGUCUACGCCAAGCUGAGCGUAAGAACUGGACCCUCGAUCAGCAUCACAUUGCCAACCUCUGCGACUCCCUCAAUCACUUCCUUACCCAGACCGGCCAGCUCCCUCACCUGGGAGGCCCACAGCAGCCCCCCCGGAUCUCCGAGUCCUGUGCCAUGAACAGUGGCAAGCAGGAGCAGCCCAUGAACCAAGUGAACUCCUAUGGUCAGCCGCAGCCUCCGCAUCUCUAUUCUGGACCAUCUCCAAUGUACCAGAUUCCCACCCAGGACUCUCCAGCAUAUAAUCGUCCAGGUCAUCAUCUGGUUCCGCGGCCACCUCCAGGCGCCAACGAGGAAAUCCCUGAUGAUUUCAACUGGGAUUUGAUCACCUAGCAAGUGACAGACUUGAUGGCGCUCCCCUGCGUAGGGGGUGUGGGAAGGGAG